UAAAUCGAAAUGGGAAAGGAGAAGAUCCACAUCAACAUCGUGGUCAUUGGCCAUGUCGACUCCGGCAAGUCCACCACGACCGGCCACCUGAUCUACAAGUGCGGAGGAAUCGACAAGAGAACCAUUGAGAAGUUUGAGAAGGAAGCAGCUGAGAUGGGCAAGGGCUCCUUCAAGUACGCCUGGGUGCUGGACAAACUGAAGGCAGAGCGUGAGCGUGGUAUCACCAUUGACAUUGCUCUGUGGAAGUUUGAGACCGCAAAGUACUACGUGACCAUCAUUGAUGCCCCUGGACACAGGGACUUCAUCAAGAACAUGAUCACUGGUACCUCUCAGGCCGACUGCGCUGUGCUGAUUGUUGCUGCUGGUGUUGGUGAAUUCGAGGCUGGUAUUUCCAAGAACGGCCAGACCCGUGAGCACGCCCUGCUGGCCUACACCCUCGGUGUGAAGCAGCUCAUCGUUGGCGUCAACAAGAUGGACUCUACCGAGCCCCCUUACAGCCAGAAGCGUUUCGAGGAGAUCACCAAGGAAGUGAGCACCUACAUCAAGAAGAUCGGCUACAACCCCGCCACUGUUGCCUUUGUCCCCAUCUCUGGGUGGCACGGAGACAACAUGCUGGAGGCCAGUGACAAGAUGAGCUGGUUCAAGGGUUGGAAGAUCGAGCGUAAGGAGGGCGGUGCCACCGGCACCACCCUGCUGGAGGCUCUGGACUCCAUCCUGCCCCCCAGCCGCCCCACUGACAAGCCCCUCCGUCUGCCCUUGCAGGAUGUCUACAAGAUUGGAGGUAUUGGAACUGUCCCCGUCGGCCGUGUUGAGACCGGUAUCCUGAAGCCCGGUAUGGUCGUCACCUUCGCUCCCCCUAACCUGACCACUGAGGUGAAGUCUGUGGAGAUGCACCAUGAGUCUCUGUCUGAAGCUCUCCCUGGAGACAAUGUUGGCUUCAACAUCAAGAACGUGUCCGUCAAGGAGAUCCGCCGUGGAAACGUGGCUGGCGACAGCAAGAACGACCCUCCCAUGGCGGCCGAUAACUUCACCGCCCAGGUCAUCAUCCUCAACCACCCCGGCCAGAUCUCCCAGGGUUAUGCCCCUGUGCUGGACUGCCACACCGCUCACAUUGCCUGCAAGUUCAGCGAGCUCAAGGAGAAAAUCGACCGUCGUUCCGGCAAGAAGCUUGAGGACAACCCCAAGGCUCUCAAGUCUGGAGACGCUGCUAUUAUCACCAUGGUGCCCGGAAAGCCCAUGUGUGUUGAGAGCUUCUCCCAGUAUCCCCCAUUGGGUCGCUUUGCCGUGCGUGACAUGAGGCAGACUGUGGCUGUUGGUGUCAUCAAGUCUGUUGAGAAGAAGGUCGCCACCGGUGGAAAGGUCACUAAGUCUGCGCAGAAGGCUGAAAAGAAGAAAUGAAUUCUCAUGCAGGACGUCCAACAAAAAGUCAUGUCUCAGCAGCAGCGGGCCGCCCCAUCUCAUCUUCCCUUCCACCCAGCGUCGUCUUCUCUGAGGCAGAGCUCUCUACUCAAGGACUGGCUUAUGCUGAUUAAAACCCAUCGGAAAAGUUUCCGCAGGAAAGGAAGGCUUGUGCCUUUUAGAAGAACCUAUGAUCAUAAUUAAGUUGAAACCAAAACAAUAAAAAUCUUAAACAUUGCCAAAUGAAAA